AUGUCAAAUAACAACUCCCAACCAGUCCCUGCCCAUUCUCCCCAUCAACAACAAAGACGUAAAUCAUUUUUAGAUUAUGGAGGGUCAAAUUCAUUAAAUAAUUUUGCAUCUUCAUAUUCAAGAGCACAACAAUAUCUUGGAUCUUCAUUAAUUGAACAAGGUGGGAAUUAUAUGGAUAAUUUAAUAUCUGAUGAAGAAUCACAAAUUUCUCAUCUUUCUUCAUCAUCAAGAAGAUCAUCAAUUUCAGGUUCAUCAAGAAUUGGAACUCCUGGACAAUAUGUUGAAUUUAAUCCAAUUUUUCAAAAUAAUAAUAACAUUAAUACUACUACUACUGGUGGUGGUGUUGAUAUACAUGAUGAUAAUGAAACAACUUCAUUGAUUCCUGUAAUUAGUAAUUCAUCAAGAGGAGGAGGAGGUAGAAAAAGACAUUCAUUUAGUAUUAUCACUGGAAAUUCAACAGUUGCACAAACAAUAUUUAAUUCUAUAAAUACAUUAAUUGGAAUUGGAAUGUUAUCAUUACCUUAUGGAUUUAGAUUAUCUGGAUGGAUAUGUGGAACUAUAUUAAUUAUAAUUUCAGCAAUUUUAACAAAUACAACAGCAAAAUAUUUAGGUAAAAUUCAAAUUAAACAUCCUCAUUUGAAAACUUAUUCAGAUAUUGCAUUUGAAUAUGGUGGGAAAUAUUUUUCAUAUUUAGUUACAUUUUUUUUCGUUAUUGAUUUAUUUGGAGCUAGUUUAACAUUAAUUUUAUUGUUUUCUGAUUGUUUUAAAGUCUUUUAUAAUAAUGUUUUCAUAUUGAAAACAAUUAUUGUAAGUAUUUUAUUUGGUUUAUCAUUUUUACCAUUACAUGUAUUAUCAAUUCUUAGUUUUUUUGGAAUUUUAGGUACUUCAGGAAUUAUCAUUACUGUAUUUAUUUGUGGAUUUAUUAAUAAUGAAUCUCCUGGUUCUUUAAUAUCACCAUCUUCAUCAAUGAAAUUAUUUCCUGAUAACACAAUGAAUUUAUUAUUUAGUUUAGGACUUUAUACAAAUAUCUGGGGUCUGCAUCCAGUUUUACCAGAAUAUUUUCUGGAUAUUAAAAAACCUUCAAAAUUUCCAAAAGCUAUGAAUAUUUCAUUUUUAAUUACUUUUAUUCUUGAUUUUGCAAUUGGUAGUUCAGGUUAUAUUAUGUUUGGUAAUCAAAUUAAUGAUUCUAUUAUUAAAAGUAUUUUAAAAAAUCAAAAAAAUUAUCCAAGUUGGAUAAAUUUAAUUUUUGGUAUAUUGAUGGGGAUUUUACCAAUUUCAAAAUUACCUUUAAUUACAAAACCUAUAAUUACUUCAUAUGAAAAUUUAUUAGGUAUAACUAAAGAUUAUGUUAAAUAUGAUUAUGAAAUUAAUAAAAUGAUUGAUUUUUAUGGUCCAAAAAGAAUUAUUAUUAGAUUUAUAUUCAUGAUUAUAUUGUUAAGUUUUGCAUUGUUAUUUAAUUCUUUUGGUAAAUUGGUUUCAUUCUUAGGAAGUGCUAUAUGUUAUACUGUUUGUUUAACUUUACCAUUUUUAUUUUAUUUGAAAUUAAAUCGUCAAGAGAUUGGUUCUUUAAAACAAUGGUUGAUUAAAUUGGGUAUUGUUGGUUCAAUCACUUGUGCUAUCUUGGGAAGUUAUGCUUCAAUUGUUAUGGAUAUAGAGUAG